CUUACGCGAGUGUAGAGGUUAGCGCUGGGCGUGACUCUAGGAUAACACUGACAAUGGCGGAGUGUGUACGGCCUGUGUAUUUUGUGAUGAGCUUGUGUUUCUGCUUUUGUCAAGUGUCAACAGCCUGUCAAGAGGGUUGGUUCGGCUCAUCGUGUCAGUACAAGUGUCACUGUGCCACUGACAGAUGUCACAUUAACGGAUCAUGUCUAGAAAAUGAUAAAUGUCAGACAGGAUGGUUCGGCGCUAAUUGCCAGUUUCAGGAUCUGGCAGUUAAUGGGAGCGUUCUGUUGGUGCCUCAAGGCAGGUCAGAUCUGCUCCAAGAUGGCGAUGAUGACACUUGUCAUCACAAUGUCAACGCUCUAUUGUUGACAUGGAAAAGGAACUACGUCUUUUCAUGGCUACGGAUCAAAAUGAACGAGACAGGUUUUGAUUUUGGUGUGAUGUUCAAACCACUCAAUACAGGGGACACAACCCUAAAAAACAACGAUUACAUCACUUGCUUGAACCAGAAAAUUUAUCACAAUGGCAAUCAAAUCUACUACGUCCACUGUAACACGAGCGAAAGCAUUCACGAAAUAUUUCUAGUCUGGCAGGGUCCUCGGACAGUUUGUUCCCUCAAUGUCAACGCUGGGAGAAACGUGGCUUUGAAACAAGUAGCAGAACUGUCAAGCAAGUUAGACGAGAAAUCAGUAGCUGGCAAUGCAGUGGACGGUAACACGGAGGGCUCCUACCAUUCGGGCUCGUGUGUGCACACUAAAGAAGGUGACCCUAAGCCCAGCCUGCUGGUCAAGUUUGCUGUACCAGCUAUAGUGGACAGAAUAGUCAUCUACAACAGAGUUGAUUGCUGCCAAGACCGACUGAAAGGCUUCCACCUCCAAACAUGGACUGUGGCUGGAACUGCAGACAUUGACUACACCGACAGCAUCCCCUACGCUCAGAACAUCUACAACGUUGUGGCUCCCAAGAACAGAAAGGUCAUCACACAAAUCUCUCUGACGUCACAAGACAAAAAGAACGGGCUGUUCCUCUCUAUAUGCGAGCUACAAGUUUAUGGAGAUACCUUCUGUCCACCUAAACUGUUUGGCGCGGAAUGUCAGUUUCAUUGUAACUGCGCAGACGUUAACGAGUCAUGUGACGUCAGCACUGGACUUUGUUUAUCAGGAUGUGCUCGCGGGUUUAGUGGAGAAGGUUGUGUAUCCUGUCAACAAGGAUUUUAUGGCACCAAUUGCAGCAGGGAAUGUUCUUCCGGCUGUUCCAACCAUCAAUGUCACGUCGACACAGGCAAAUGCUUCACCUGUCUCUCAGGGUAUCAAGGGGACUUCUGCAAUCAAACUUGCAGUAUAGGUAGUUUUGGUGAGAACUGUAGACACUUUUGA